AUGGCGGCCCGUCGCGCUCUCUUCUCAUCAGCCUCGCGCGUAUCCGCUGCUAUCCAACAUGCUCGACCAAUCUUUAUAAUUGCAGCUCGCUCGCCAAGCCCCUCGCUACCAUCCCGAGCUUUUGCGCCCUUUCAGUCUACUGGAAGCUAUGCUACCAAAGCCCAAACUAAAGCCCAAAUCAAAGCAAACCCGAUAGAUGAUCAUACCCCACCGGACCCCAAGCCAUGGAGCUUUGGAGAUAUAAAGAACCAUAUUGAGAAAUCUGAUCCGGGCAAUGUAGUCCUCAUCGACGUCCGAGAACCAGUCGAGCUUUUCGAGACGGGCAAGAUCCCCGGUGCGAUCAAUAUUCCUAUCACAUCGGCAGCCCAGAGCUUCCACAUCUCUGACGAGGAUUUUGAGGACAUGUACGGCUUCCAGAGACCGGCAAAGAACAAGGAGCUUGUGUUUUAUUGCAAAGCAGGAGUGCGUGCGAGGGCGGCAGCGCAACUGGCUCAUUAUGCUGGCUGGGACAAGAUCGGCGAUUAUGCAGGCAGCUGGCUGGACUGGGAAGCCCAGCAAGGACCAGUUGAGAAGGUUAAGAAACGAUAUUGA